ACCACUUCAGCCUAUACCGCGCUACAUAUCGACCACAAUUCCUGGUGUACGCGCAGACAAUUGUUCAAGAUGGUCGUCCUCACAGCAGCCAUUACCACCCGCUCAGGGAAGCCCAUCCUCGCUCGCCAGUUCCGCCAGAUGCAAAGGUCCCGUGUCGAAGCACUACUCGCAUCGUUCCCGAAACUCGCAGACACCGCCUCUCAGCACACAACAGUCGAGCAGGACAAUGUGCGAUUCGUAUACCAGCCAUUGGACGAGCUGUACAUGGUCCUCAUCACGAACCGCCAGUCCAACAUUCUCCAGGACAUCUCCACCCUGCACCUCUUCGCCCAGGUCGUAGCCUCGAUUUGCAAGAGCAUGGACGAGCGGGAGAUUUCCAGAAAUGCGUUCGAAUUACUUUCGGCUUUCGACGAGGUGGUCACUCAGGGAUACCGGGAGAACUUGACAAUGAGCCAGAUCAAGACUUUCCUCGACAUGGAAUCGCACGAAGAGAGAAUACAGGAAAUCAUCUCGCGCAACAAGGAAUUGGAGGCUUCCGAGGAGCGAAAACGCAAGGCCAAGCAGCUAGAGAUGCAGCGCAAAGAGAUCUCGCGAAAUGCCAGGGCUGGUGGUAGCGGUGCGGGCGGCAUGGGCAGCAGACAGCCAUCAUACCCGACGUACACUGCUCCGACUCCCGCUGCGCCUAGUAUGACCGACUCAUACGACUCCUACAACGCUGCGAAGAACCCCUCAUUCAACAAGCCCCUGGCCUCGAGAGGAAAGGGAAUGCAGCUGGGCAAGAAAAAGCCUGGCACCUCCAUGUUCGAUCAAGUUCGCGGCGAUUUGGGACCAGAGGCAGAAGCGAGCGCACCUCUCGCUGGCGUGCCUACACCUGCGGCACCCGUGCAGCCAUCCAUCCCAGCAACGCGUGGCAGCCUUGAUCGAGAAGGAAUUCACGUCACAGUCGCAGAGUCCAUCACGGCCCGUUUUUCUCGCGAAGGUACCAUCGAGGCGUUCGAGGUCAAGGGAGAUCUGCAACUACGCAUCACCGAUGCAAGUCUCACACAGGUCAAGCUUGACCUCGCAGUCGGCGACACAAAAGGAGCACAGCUCAACGCUCACCCCAAGGUCGACAAGGCAGAAUUCAAAAACAACAACACAAUCCAACUCACGGAUACCAGCAAAGGCUUCCCUGCCAACAACAGCAUUCAAGUCAUGCGAUGGCGUCUCAAUGCGAAGCCCGACGAUGUUCAAGAUCCACCGAUCAAGUUUACCGUGUGGCUAUCCGAGAGCUCGACCGACACGUACAGCGUUACUGUUGAAUACGAACUCACUGGCGAUGAUCCAUUGAAGGACGUAACUGUUGUCAUACCAUACUCGACUUCAGAGCCUUCAGUGUCCAGCUUCGAUGCAGUCUACGAAGUCAGCGGCGACAGCAUAGACUGGACGAUUGGUGAUGUUGACGAGAGCAAUCCAAGCGGCAGCUUUGAAUUCGAGGCGCAGGCAUCGGGCGAGGGCGACUUCUUCCCGAUGCAAGUCCGCUUCUCAAAGAGCCGGCCAUGGGUGGAUAUUGAUGUUGGCAGUGUGAGCUUGUUGAACAUGAACCAGGAUGUUGGUUUCAGCAAGGAUAUUCGUUCUGUGGCGGAGAACUACCAGAUUGUUUGA